AGACAAUGAUACUGGCAACAAUGCAGCUUUUGAAUCUGCAUACUUGGGCAGCUAUCUAAGAUUCCGCGAUUCCCCUCAUUUGGGGGGAGUGCUUGUACCUCCCGGAGUUUCAACCUCUGCGAAUGGGCCUGAAACUGAGGACACACUCUCGCGCUCGCCCUUAUUUCGCCGGAUGCUGAGAGAGAGAAACCGAAAUACGUCGGUGUUGAUGGAGCCGGACGAUGACUUUGGCGAUGUGAAUGCUUUUUUGCAUCCUCCUUGGGGUCAGCAGGCCAAUUCCUGGAUGCAGUCCUCCAUGGGCGAGCCAUCGCAUUGGGGAAACUCGCGCUAUCGGAGGCCACUGAGCUCUAACAUACCGCCACGAAACGCACACACACACACACACACACCGCGACAAACGGAUCUUACAAGCAUCCAAAACCGCACCGCAGCUCUAGCAGCAGACACAGCACAGGCAAACACAGAUGCGCGAGAAUGGGACACUCUGACUCUCACAUCGGCGAUUAGGGAGGACAUUACCAAUCUGAGGGAUGAUGUUGCGGUGACAUACGCGGAUGCGGCCGCGGCUGCGGCUGCGGCUGCUGAAGUAGAUGGUAUUGACAGGAUGGGUGUAGAUGUCCCUGCGAAUGCAACGCAAGUAAGGUCGAGUGUGGACAAUGGACCAGUCUCAGCGACAGCAAAUACCGGCACACGCACGGGUAGCACGGGUACAAUCCCGGUUAGUGGCAAUCACGACCGUGUGGAUGCAACUGAGGAUUCGGGUGCAAACCCUAACCGAGCUGCAAGCACGCACAGAGCCACACGCGAUCCGUUGGCCUACCGACCAAGCGAUUGGGACGAUGCCGCUCGUGAGGCAGGAGACCCACACCCGUUUGGCACGGGCAAUUCGUCAUCGGAGGUCGCCUUCGCGUUAGCGGUGCAACGGUGGCAGGAAGUCUUUCACCGAAAUGCGCCUCGUGUGAUGGGUGCAGGCUAUUUUCGAGACCGCGUUGACCCAUUAACCGAUCUGCACCGAAUACGGGCGACGCUUGCAGAAUGGAACGCAGACAAUUUAUCGGACAAUACGACUACACGUCGUACAGACGCAUAUGGUCCGGCAGCGCGGGAGAUCCACGCCCAGACACGGCGAAUGAUUCGCGCGUGGGAGAGUCACGCUCAGACACAGCGAGACAUUCGCGCGCGACACGAGCGCCAGGCGCGCAACGGUAGCACCGUUGACGGCCUCGGACCUGAUGGGGUGGACUAUAGCCGGCCCGGAUGGAGUGGUGGGACGCUCCGACAGUAUAUGGAGCAGUUUGAAAGUACGCCUGCUCUGCCUGCUCUGGAUUUAAGUGGUGCAGAUCGACCCAUUGGGAUAGGCAGUGAGUCGGCUCGGUCCGCUGCGGAGGCCAGGGCGCGACUGGCCAGAGCAAGGCUGCUGGGCGUGAGUCCGUUUUUACCUACCCUGCCUAGCACACGCGAAACGAAUACGAAUACGGAUACGCAUACUAGGAAUGCGAAUACAAAUACGGCGACAUACUCAGAAGUAGCUAGAGGAGAAGGUUUACCAAGCGCGGAUAGACGCAUAAAUAGCACCGUAAGCACAGACCGACACGCCCCCAAUCCCGGCCACCCGCAGCAUCCGCCCACAGAAUUGGUGACAAGCAACAGUGAGAAUCCGUUCACUACAUAUGCUAAUGAAUUCAGCUACACCGACUACGACCCGUUGAACCUUGGGGUGGUCAGAAUGUUCGACGAGGAUUGGGCCGACCCCCUGACUGUCGCGUUUAAUGCGUCGGAGGCAGGGCCUCCCGACGAACAGGAUAGCGCGACAACCAAUCAGAUGGCUCCGAUAAGCGUAGUAGAGAAUACCGGGACCUCUGCCGUCGCGGUUACAGGUACGAGUGGGGGAGGGCGAGAUGGAGAGAGGACCGCUCAUGGAAAUUCUCAGCCAAAUGCAAGCAGAGGCAUGGAUGUAGUAGUCACCGGCAUAUCUGAUACAGACACGAAUCCAAACGCAGACCCGAAUGCGGAUGUACACGCCGAGUGUGGGACAGAGGAUACAACAGUGGGAAGUAGUGCAGUCCCAGGUGAGUCUCACGAGACCCGCGUGCGUACGAGCGAUGCUACAGAUACGCACCACAGCGUAUUCGAAGGAGCUUAUAAUGUGACCACACCACAGCUGACACACACACACACGGUGAGUGAGACGAGUGACGACUCUACCGAACGAGAGGCGGUGUACACGCUGUCCACACUACACAGUCGGACUGUGCCCAGCGCAAGCAAUGGAAGAGAUGGUCGAGACGGUGGCGAUGUGCCCAGUGCGAGGGCGGUGGGGGUUGCGAGUGAUACAUCCCAGGCAGGGCAUACAGCUGGAGUGGAAGUGGCAGAAGAUACGUCCAGCUCAAGGGACGUGUACAACACAGAGAACGCAAUCAACCGUAGUGCAUCUGAUGUAAGGGACGAAUCGGAUACGAGCCAUACCCUCGAAGCGGCAAGAGCCAUUGUUGAGGUCGGUGUGGGUGAAGUACCGCUGACGGAAGACAAGUGCACUGUCCCUGCGAGCAACGAUACCGUUGCUAUGAUAGCAGGAGUUAUAAACACAACACCUGCAAUCAACGACGCCAUGGCAACUGGAGGGGAUAUGGACACAACCACCGAUGUGGUUGUCAUGGCAACGGGGGACCCUGGUGUAGUAGCUGAACCAAGCCAUUUGGCAAAUACAGGUAUUGUUACGUCUACUGGAAGUACGGACACACAAAGGGCCGAUCCAGAUACGCAAGUUAUAGUUUCUUCAGAUAUCUCUGCCUCACUAGCGCCAGAUAGCACUACAGGCAACGUAGGGGCCGUUACUAGUAAUGUAGGUACCACCACAGGCGAUGCAACCGUCACUGCAACUGAUGCACGCAAUGCACGAGUUUCUGACAGGCAGGAUGGUGGUAGUAGGGCCUUGUCAACAGCAAUGGACAAUCUGGUCGAUAACACUACGAAUGCGAAUGUGAAUGCGAAUGCAAAUGCAAAUUCGAAUAUAAAUACGACCAAUCCACCAAAUACGACGCUGGACCGGCCCGAACCAAUGGAUGGGACAGAUGCGAUGGACGUGUAUGGAAUCACCAGCGAGGCGCUGGGGAGUGAAUACGUCGGACCUCCACCGGACACGACAGCAAAUGCACCGGACGAUCCGACAGUAAAUUCAGACAAUACGACAUAUCCAGACACGGGCCUUACCCAGGCCUGGUAUGCCCCUCCGUCCCCCCCGCUGGCAUAUAUUCGCAGGCGCUCACGCACAGUCAGCGAAGCUCGCGCCCGACUGGCGGUGAUGGGACGGCUGCGAGACGCUUCGAGAAGAGAUUCAAUGGGGCGCUACAUACCACCACACGAGCGGGAUAUAAUCACGCCCACGCACAUACACCCACACCCACACCCCUUGUCACGAGAUGCCUCAUCGCGACGGAGGACGUGGCGGGCGUACGCACUGUCGGAGUCUCGGCAAAGGCGUUUGGCGACACAGACACGCGCACAGAGAGAGGGGGAGGACAUAGAGAGCACGCGCAGUCGGCUCAGGCUGAGGCAAACGUCGGCCUGGGCCGAUGCAUAUAUGUGGUAUCGUGAACGGCAGUUGCAGUACAGGCGCGUGGCGGGUGCGCCGCCGGCGUCUACAGGCGACAGGAGUAGGUACAGCUUCGCCUCCCGAGGCCCGGAGACCGCCCGAGAGGGGAGAACGAUGAGUUUAGCGAGACAGCCAAGUGUCCACGGACUGAGUCGAAGAACAUCGUUCAUGUACCCCCAGAUCAGCUUAUCUCGUCAGGACAUCGAACGCGAUGUGGCGCUAGUGUCACGACCCGCAGCACUGUCCAAUGAUACGUCGGCAAGUGGUUUGGCAGCUGAGGAGGGCGAAGUGCAGGCCUCCCCACCACAAUCAACUGCAAACCGCAACGGAGUGGGAGUGGAUGCACGUGCUCUACCAAUACCACAACCGCAGGACGGAUCACGUGUACAGAGCCACCAACAGGACACGGCACGUGGUCAAUUACAACCGCGCAGUCGCACUCACACUCACACUCGCAAUGCGCAGAGGAAUCGGCUGAGUGGUUCGCCAUACACACGGUGGCAACCAUUGCCGCUCACGCACACUGCACACCCGCUCGAACGAGGUGACGGUGAGGAACGAGGGAUCGGUUCUGGUAGUAAUACACGCCGAAGGACACUCUCGGGUAGUUUGGCUACGUCUGAUUCUCAACGACCGUUGCAGAUAGGUGGGUUUGUGGUGCAGCAGGGGGCUAUCGAUAGAGUACAGCCAGGGUUGACGGCGGCAAAUAGAGCGGAUGAUAGGCGAAAUGGGGAUACAGGUGCACAUACAGACGCAGAUACGCGCGUGCAAGCGCCUGGGUCGAUGCAGAAUACCACUGGUUCGUUGAAUGAUGCAGACGGGAACGGGAGCAGUGAACCUUGACGGCAAAACAAAACCUGUUUUGUAGCGCGACGAAAGGUCGGUCGUACGCGGUAUAUAGCACAAUUCACCCCUUCAAUAUAUUGAAGGUACGUUUCAUAGUGCAAUGUGAAGUACUCAACGAAAAAUUGAACAGAUGCGUGCCAUAUUAUCAGUCGCCUUCAAUAUGCCACCAUCUCCAAGAUUGUAUGACCAUGUUGGUGGUAUAGUCCUAGUCCCACAUACCUUCCACUUUAACAGGUGAACUAGGUUUCUGCAUGCUACUGGGUACACUAUAAUAUGCAGGUUGACCAGGAUGGUAUGGUUAAAGUCAGAAGCUUCCAGCUAUCCCAC